AUGGUGCGUAAGGAAUCCCGGGCAAUCAAGGAGAAACUGUCCUCAGGAUCCAUGCGCCUUGAAGCCUUCAAACAAACAAGGCUUUGCAAGUUUCACGUUGCUGGAAACUGUGUUCGUGGAAAUUCUUGCAACUUCGCCCACAGCAUUGACCAGAUUCGUGAUCAGCCAGACUUUUCAAAAACACGUUUGUGCGCGGACUAUUUGCAGGCACAGUGGUGCCGGGAUGGGCAGUAUUGCAAGUUCGCGCAUGGAGAGCAUGAGUUGCGCCCACAUCCUUCCAUCAAGAACAAGGAGCAAAAGAUCAAAAUCCAGUCUGAGGAGAAGCCUGUGGCCUGGUACACGGAUGAGGGAUGUGAUGCAUGCGAAGGGUGGUACUUCAUGGCUGAUGGCAUGGAUGGAGUGAUGUAUCCUUGGUAUCCAGGAUACUCCUUCGUGGAGUACCCCCUUGUGCAAGACGAAUAUGCGUGGGAUACGACAAGCCAGCAGAGCACAGAUUGGACGGAGUGGAAUGGGACCUCAAGCAACAAUAGCAUUGCUUGCAUUGAAAGUCCGAUCCAAAGCCACGUGGUGGCGUCGCCAGUUCUGCCGGAUGACCCUCUCCUGCUUGAUUCUGUUGCAGCGAUGAACCAGUUUUCAGACGAGCUCAAAGUCAAGAACACCUUCCUGCACAUUGACAUCGAGGAUGAUGACUUUGACGAGGAGGAGACACCGCCUGCUUCCCUUGCUUCGUUGCGCCGCUCCCCAAGUGCCCCUGGUCGCCUGAUGGCGCUGUUUCUGGGAGACGAAGAUGAAGGUUAA